AUGUUGUUCGUGUAAUUUUAUAGGGGAAGCUAACCAAAUAAUUUUUUCCAAGAAAUUAGCAUUAGGCUAAAGAAAGAGUAUGACCAAGCCAUUCAAGAGUGAAGCCUGCAAGUUUGGUACUUCGUCAGCCAGCAAACAAAUCAAAUUUAAGGCAUCCAUGCCUCACAAAGCUAAAAUGCUCAAGGAAACUAAAGAGAAGACAAGCGUGUGCAUUGAUGAGCUUUCCAUGCAUAGCCAAUACAAACUUUCCAUCAUUAUUGACCUCAUUAAGAAAUCAUUGUACGUGAGUCAUUGUUUAUAUGUGCAGGCCCCAUCUUCUAGUGAAGGACUACGCCCCAUUCUUAUUCUUGGUAAUGAUGAAGUUUCAUCUAAGGCAAAAGAGGCCAAGAAUGUAAAGGCUUUAAUGAAGAACAUGGAUGAGGGCUUUAGCGAAGAACAUGGAGAAGACUCUGACAAAAGAACAUAAAGGAGGCUCUAGCAAAGCUUGGAGUUCUCUACAAGAUCAUUGUUGGUGAAGCACAUGAGCCUUCAAUGCUUGACAACAUGGUUGGCUUAAUUGAAGACAUUAUUGAUUAAAAUGAUUUUGCAUCCUUUGCAGCUAAAGUGUAAUAAAAAGAACAAAGGCAA